CUCAUGAYCGUCAUGAUAACGAUGUAUGKUUUUUGCUUUUCAGAAUGUYCAGCGGUCUGACGAUGAGAAUGUAACAGUUACCCAUCGUCCACCAGGAGCUGUAGGUCCUCGAUCCAAACGUGCGGUGACCGCUAAUCCCGCCAUGAUGAACCGACCAAACUUGUUAGCUAGAGGACGUCAACAAAGACCUGCAAGUCAGGCAGCAUCCAUUAAUGGUAGAACUACGUCAUCAACUGGUGUUGAUGGAACGACAGAGUCUCCRCCUACCCAUCGUGCUCGAUCAUCGUCCAGCCGGUCAGCUGAUGACCUGAAUGAAAACAAGAAAAACUUGAAUGGAAACAAUCGAUUAUCAGCGGACCUCGAUACGUAUCAGCAGCAGCAAUCACUUCGCGAUAGCGCACCAAAAAAUGCAGAUGAUGAACUCAGACAGUUGGAAUUGGCACUACAACUUAGUAAACGUCAGGCUGCUAAGGGAACUGCAUCCUCGAGGGAUUCCCUCAAUUUACCUGAAUCGCCGAGGCACUCUUCAGCCUCUGGGUCAAGUUCUGGUUUGAGUGCUUCUCCGACACCAAGUCACGAAGACAAUGUGACGUCACCGGACUGUGUUCGGCUGCAUGUCUCGGAUAGCACCAAACUGUAAGAGCACGAGAAUGCUGUUGGCGUUCCAUGGACUAGCGGGUCUGGUUUCCAAUUGUGCAUAGAAGAAAUUUUAACAAAAUCAUCARCAAUGAAGACGAAUCUAUUGCUCAAGAUGUCCGUCACAUCAAAGAUCACUUGCGGUUUCUAGUAAUGUUUUCUAACGAGCCGUCGUCUUCCAUUCUGACAGAGUAUUUGAAAGCGAUUUAAUUGACGAUAUUGAAAAAAACUUUAAUAGUAUUAUUACGUACUCUUUAUUUCUAGAAAGUCAAAUGGAAACAAAAAAGAGGAGCGAAAGUAGACAUCGCUUGAAACUCUUUUAUUCAGUGUUUGAGGUUACCACGGCUGUUUUUAAUGUCGACUUCUUAGAUUUUUACACAAUUCUUGUCACUAUWGCGGAACAUUAUGACAAGCCUGAGGUUUUGACAAUCAUUGGACCAACGGRUCAGUUUUGUAGAAAAUGAGAGGGGAGGGGACGGGGAGGACAGCUAGYAUACUGAAAUUGACCAAUUCAAAUCCGUUUUCAAAAAUGUUGGAAGUAUUACAAGAAUGUUUUUAAACAUKUUUAUUUGUGUUUACUCGCCUUGAGCAUACUGGCAGGGCAAUGGCAAUAUUAUAACUCUAUCUUUUUCAAGAAGAAAUCAAAAGAAUCUCUUAAUCAACUUUCUUGUGCGUGACAGCAUUUUUGAAAAUGGUUUAAUGUGCUUAAUGCUAAACCAUAACAAUUGCCAUUUGAUUAUUUCAGUAGAAAAGAGCAAUAAUAUAAUAAUGUGAUAAUAAACAAUUGCGGAAUACUUUUAUUUCCAAUAUUUUAAAUAUCCAAUAGUUAUUUUUAAAUUUAAUGCUUAGCUUUUUUGGGGCUCGGCUGUUCAAAGCUGCUUUAUAAUACGGUUAAUUUUUUUGACAUUUCCACAAGUUAACCCAUGGAUUUGAACAAGCCUUUCCAAGCUUUAUUUUAUGUGUAAAAAUUGUUAUAUAAGCUUGCUAGAAGUAGUUAGGCGUUUUUGAUUAGUUAAAAUAUAAAUCGCUGCUUGCACGACAAUUUCAACAUUGGAAAGGAGGACCUCUUCAAUGCGGACGYUCGUGAUACAAAGAUUUUCUGUGUCCGUAUUGUGUGAGGUUUCCAAACUGUCGCUGCUUUGUCGUAAUGCAUGAAAUGAUUUUGUGGCAGUAUUUUCAGUCGUUCUGGGAAAAAUAUGGUCGRURCAAGCAGUAUACACAAAUGAUUUUUUAGAGCAAAAACCUCGUUACUCAGCCAGAAUAACAGGACUAUUACUGCAACAGAAUUACAAUGUAAUGUCUUGUAAARAAGAGACAUUUGAGUAAAUGUUAGAAUAUUCUGAACGUUAUUAUUUUAAAAACUUGUUUUCGUAAAUCAACGAAUGUAUAUUUCAUAUAUUACUCCGAUAGAAUUGUAAUCAGAAAUAACGGUUUGUACAAAGAUAAGGUACCAGUUAAUAACUUUAGUGAUUAUUAAACAAUGAAACACUG